UUUUCUGAAUUUCACGCAAGUUACGCCCAUAUUUGUUGUUAUCUAUUUUGACAAACUUUUCUAUAUGUUUUGUUAAUUGGUUUUGUGUUUUGUGAAAAUAUCCUGAUAUAAUAUAUAACAGAAUGAGCUGGAAAGUAGUUAAAUUUUUGAAUGAGGAUCAAGUGGAAGCAGUCCCUACCUCUUGGAUAACCGAGGACUUAGAAUAUUGUUAUUUUCCACGAGAAACAGAAAACUUUAAGAAGGCAAUUAGGCAAUGCUUUCCUGUCAAACCAUUUUGGAAAAAAUAUGCUGUGGAAGUGUUAAGCCGAAAAUCCUAUUCAAAAUUUGCAGUUGCUUCAGCAAAGGCCUCCAAAGCAUGCUGCACUUCAGACCUAUCAGAAAUAGAAGUUUUAAAAAAAAAGAGGGUGCCCAAAAGAAAAUAUGUAAGCAGCAGUGAUAGUGAUAAUGAACUUCUGCUAAAAAUUCCAAAAUUUCCAACUAUUAAAACCAAUAAAGUAGUGGAAAAAGAAACUAUAAAACAUACACCCUUAAACAAAAUAAUUGAAUCAGCCAAAGAAUCUGGUUGUUUAACAGUCGAGUUAGCCAAAGAAGCUGGUUGUUCAUCAGUUGAGUUAUCCAAAGAAUCUAGUUGUUCACUAGUUGAAUUAUCCAAAGAAUCUGAUUGUUUACUAAAUGAAUUAUCCAAAGAAUCUGAUUGUUCACCAGAUGAGUUACCCCAAGAAUCUGGUUGUUCACCAGUUGAGUUGGAUUUUUUUGAUGAAAUCUCAUUGGCUGAUAAUCUAGAUAAUGGAGAAAAAGAAAAUGAACCACUAAAGUGUAUUCUUAAAAAAGUUUUAAUAAACAACAAAAUGAUCAAUACAAUCUUUAACGCAGUUCAAAGAAUUGAAGAAAGACAAAAAAUUUUAAUAACAGAAUUUAAAAAAAAUCAGAAACAACUUCCAUCAACAGAUUCAGUAGACAAUUUUGAAUUUAAGGAAAAAUUUCCAUUAAAAAAUGAAGUUGAACUAGAAGAAAUGGAAAUUAUUUUAAAAAAUUCAGAAAUUAAAAAUAAAAUGGUUUUAUUUUUUUCAAAACAAGGAGGGAUAGACUUUAAAGAAUGCACACGGAGAUGUUUAAAAUUAUGCCUCACUGAAAAUUUGGCAAACACCUUCUCAUUUAUGGGACAAAAGAACAAAAAAAAAUUUUCUUCUUUAUCAAUUUGUGAAGUGGUAUUAGAUGCAGUGCAAGAGUUCGAUCCAACUUGUACCAAAAAGCAAAUUGAAUUACAUAUCGCAUAUUGGUUAACAAAAUCUAAAGAAAGAUUGAAGCAAAUUCGUGUUUAAAUGAUUUGUUUUUAGAAUAUACUUUUUUGUUUUUUUUUAUGAAGAACUAUUUGGUUUUUUCUUUUAUAAAGAAAUAUUUU